UUGUUAAGAGCCCCACGUCAAAUAAACUUCAUCUUUAACGGAGCUGUCUUUCUCUGUCCACCCUGGCGUUUCCAUGCUUCGAUGGCAUCUAUCUACCAAAGCAAGAAGAUCAGUUCAUGCAUAGCGUCUUGGAUGAGCUGGAAACAUACGGACAGAAAAGCUGCCAUAAAAGUGUGCUCCUGUUCCCCCCUUUACCAAGCAGGCUACGGCGAGAGCUGGUGCCGUAGGGUGGUGGUCUGCCAUUCGGAGCUCAGGGGAGAGUCAGAAGUAGACAGCGAUGUGGAGAACACCAGCUGCCUAUGUGAAGAGUACCAGAGUGGUAGGGUAGAGAUGGAAAACAACAUCAAGCCCAAAUCUUCCGUCCCAUCACGAAGCCGAGGCCCUAAAAGACCAGACCAGCCCCUGUACAUGCCACGAGCUGCGCGGCAGAGACUGUCUUUAAAAGGCUCCCAAAGCCCAACCGCAAACACUAGCGCAGCUCUGCGGGACACCGAGUCCCCCGGCAGCCCGUCCAGUCCCUGUCCCCGUUGUGACGCCACGGAAAAGACAACGUGCUCGUCCUCCUCAGAGCAGGAGGCCUCCAUCGGUGUAGCAGACGGUGAUGUAGAGGCUUCUGCUGACGGGUCAGCUCCAUGUCCUCCGGAGCAGACCCAAAUGUUGGAGCUCAGGCUGAACGACAGAGAGGGUCAGAUGUGGGAGCAGACUCAGUCCCGCUUCACUGAAAUGAACCUCGACGACGAGAAAGAAGAAGUCGCUAGUGUGCAAGAUGACACAAGCACGGAAACAGAUGACCUAACAGAACUUAUUAAGGCACAUCUAAAACAGGCAGAAGUGCUUUUAAUUGAACACGCUCACAAUGACUUCUCUAUCUACGAGAGCGUCUCGCUCAUCUCGGACGACUUUCGCCACGUAAUCGAGAUCUACGACUUCCCAGCCGCGCUCAAGACGGAAAACCUCCUGGAGGCUUUUGCAGAAUACAGUGAUGGCGGGAUGAAGAUCACGUGGGUGGACGACACGCACGCGCUGGGGGUUUUCUCCAGCGAAGCAGCAGCGGUCCACGCCCUCUCCAUCUGUAACCCACGGCUGAAGGUGCGGGCUCUGUCUGAGGGGAGUAAAAAAGCCCAGGGAAAGGCUCUCCGACGGGCAGAAUUCAUCCAGCCAGUGAAGGAGCGUCCCAGAACAGACUGUGCUGUAGCCCGGCGGAUGGUGACCAGAGCUCUAGGCAUACGGGGGCGAGCCCGAGCGCAGAGAUACUGAGGUCCACAGAUCAGGGGUCUGUCUCCUUUCACUGAAGGGAUCAGGAGGACUAAAGCCUGCAGUGUUAGCUACUUCUGUUGGGCCAGGGCGAAAGUGAAGAGAGAGGGAGAGGCAACACUCACUGUCCUAAACCGGAGAGACGACAGAGCCUAAAACCCAGCAGCUCAACUCUGGUGGCUGCGGCCUUUUACUGUCAGCAUUAAGUAGGCAAACAUGGCUCUCCUCAGAUGAAAAUGGCAUGAAACGGGUGCAUUGGUAUUUCAGGCUGUUAAUGAAGCCCUAAAAUGGAGGAACAUUUGAAUUCUCUUUUUUUUCCUAUUGCAUGUUUACCUUUUGAGGGGAUGUUUCCCAGGUGAUGCUGGGCUGGUUUUGUGAUGUUCAUUUUCCAGUGAAAAGUCAUCCAUAUAUUUAGUUUCGAGAUCCUUUUUUUUCUACAUUUACAUAUUUCUAAAAUUUUAAAAACCAAGAUUUUAGUUAUUUUUAAGUCUGGUUAAAGUUGAGUUUCUUUAGAAAUAUUUUUUAAUUGCUGCCCUUUUGAGACCCUUUAUACUUGUCACAGUAUUUUCCUGUCAUGCUGUCACUUAAAUAUGUCCAAACAGGGCUGUCUAUGAAGAACUGUAAAUCUUUGUAUUUAAUGUAAAAAUGUAAAUAUAUCAAACAUGUAAGUAGGACUUCCUGUAGUCUGUCAUACAAUAUUUGUGUGCACUAUGUUUGAUUGUGUUUCUGUUUGGGGUUUGCACUAGAAGCUGCACAUUUUCAGGGAAACAAACUGAUGGUGGUAUAAAAUGCUUCAAGAUCACAUGAAACACGUUAAAAUAGAUUUUUUAAUGUGUGUGUUCAAAAGCUGUACUAAUGUGAAACAGUUUUCCGUAUCUUAACAUAAAGCCUAGCAAGAUGACUUUGGAAAUGGGAUUUAUAGCAUAGAAAUAUAUUUGUGGAUAUAAAAAAAAAAAAACGGAAUAUUUAAUCUUCGGACGAGCAGUUGCAGGUUGUUUAUCUUUCUUUUCCUCAGAAAAGUGAGAAUAUUUUCCCAGACAAAAGCAUCUUACAGCUGUACUCUCACC